AUUUAUUUAAUCAACAAAACAAUCUGAAGAGCCGCUUGGGAGCUGAAAGAGCCGCUUUUUAGUGAGCCGAGCCAAAAGAGGCGGUUCUCUAAAAAGAGGCGAAAUUCCCUUCACUUUAUUACCCCAGCGACGAAUGUUUGUACCGUUUCAGAUACAAACACUAUUUCUGUGUGUACAUUUGGUGGGGGGGACAGUGGAGCAGCGAAAGGGCUGCCUCACAUGUCUAAACAUAUCUAUCCCCUUUUUUUCUAUACAACCUGCGCCACUGCCUGUACUUCGAUCUCUCCUUAAACACUGGGCCUUUUGAGGGAAACGAAAACCUUGGGGAUUGGCCUCGGGAGAAAUAUGCACGGCCAGUCAUCACUGCUUUGUUUCUCCGUGAGCUGCACCAGGCUUACGCUGAUGUCGGUGUUCUUCCUCAGACUGUGGCGUUCAAACGCUCUCCAGGUGAUUGGAGGGAACAAGACCGUGGUGCAAGGAGGGACUGUCAUCUUACCCUGCAAACUCAUUGACUCUACGGAACUCCUCACUCAGAUUUCAUGGCAGAGGAAGACCAGAAACAAACCUCAGACUGACAAUUUCUUUACCAUCCUGUCCUCAAAUGGACCACAGUUUGUCAAUGGACACGAUUAUCGAUUUCAGUUUGUUGGGAACUUCAAUGAGGAGAAUGGAUCUCUCCAGUUAUCUAAUGUCACAUUGCUGGAUGAAGGCGUUUACACGUGCAUCUUCACAUUGUUCCCCAGUGGAAAUCACAAGACAGAGAUACCUCUGAACUUGCUUGUGCCUCCGGUCACCCAUGUGAAGGAUGAUCUUCCUAUUUUGGGUGAUGAAGAAGUUUCCCUCGCUACCUGCACAGCUGCUGGUUCCAGGCCUCCCGCAGAGGUGAGGUGGCUCAUUGGUACACUGGCAGGAAAAGUGAGGGCAACAACUAACUCUACUGAACACGCCAACGGUACGACUACCACAGUCAGCUCACUGGUCGGAGUGCCAACCAGAGAAAUCCACCAUCAUGUGGUCCACUGUGUUGUCACCAAUCCAGCCCUGUCGAAAGAGGAAACAGUGACCUUCACCAUACAGGUCCAAUUUUCACCCAAGGAUGUGAACAUUAGCGUGCGAUCCACAGACUCAUUUCAGUGUUUGACUCAAGCCAACCCAAAAGCAACUUUUACCUGGAACAGGCAUGGCAACUCGUGGCCUCAGUCUGCUGUCAGAGUGGAGGGUGCAACGCUGCAGUUUCUGAGCAUGAGCUCUGACCUGAACGGCCUGUACCAGUGUGAAGCAUCUAACCAGUAUGGAAGAGACCAUGGUUACCUUUAUGUGCAUGUGACUUCAGGCACCUGCACUACUUGCUGGGCCAUACUUGGUCUUUUGCUUUCCCUGAUUGUCGGUCUUGCAGUUGCUGCUACAGCAUGGAAGUUUUUUAUACAUCCAAGGACAGUACAGGUCAUACGUGAGGAAGUUCUGAAGGCCAGAAGAAAAAGAGAAGAAAAAAAUGAACUACAAGAAGCAGCAGUAGCAUUAAAAGAAGAAAUGGACGGAGAAGCGGCACGUUAGAGAAGAAAUGUACAAUAUUUAAUUUUGUGCAGUACUUUGUGAUUUUUUAAAAGGCACAGCUAUUUCUUUUUAAAUGUUCUUUCCUAAAACUGCAGAAACCCAAAAACUCUUUGUGAACUCAUUUGAUAUUAAAUGUUGUUUUAAUCAAUUGUUUUGAUUUUUCUGUCAUAGAAAUCUCUUUGACAUCCAUGGAGGAAACAUGACUGUCAGCAAUUGGAGUGCGGGAAUUUAACAGGCUGCCCCCCUAACCUGUGUCAUUCCUGACUCAGCUAGUUGCUGAGCAGAUGCAGUGGUUCAGGUGCUGCGUAUUCGUUUAUACUCUUGGCUCAUUUAUGCUCACUUUUUUAAUAUUGGAGUUCCAUCACAUCAGUAAUGUGUGUUGGUCUCUACUUGGUGCAAUUGUCACAUCUAUUGCGCAAGACAGCAGAGGAAAAUGUGAAACGGGGGGGGGGGGGGCUGCAAACUGUCAAAUAGAAAAACAUUUUGACAGGAAAUCUGGUUAACUGACUUUCUGACUUUUUCCGUGCCAGCAUGGAAUGUGGUUUAAACUGUCUGUGCUGCCUUUAUAACCCAGAACAACAUAAGACGUUAACGGUACUGACGUUAACUAUAUGUGUUCCCACCAACAGCAUUAACUGCUCACAAUACCUCACCCCAAGGAGGUCCUCGGGUUUGGUUUGAUUUGACCUGCACUCUAAGAAAUGAAAUGUUGAUUUUACUCAACUAAGUUAUAAUCCUGAAAAUGAAAACAGAAUGGACCUUCCAUCUAAGCAGGACGUUAUGACGUCGUCUAAAUUAGACAGCAGCAGCUCUUAUCAGAAGAGAACUGGUGCCAGGUGUAAGUAUGUGAUUGGCCUUCUGUGAAGUGCAGGGCUGUCUGUGUAUCAGUUUGUAUAGAGUUCUUCCCCUGUAGUGAAAUACAGUAAAACACAGACCACAGUGCAUUAAGCAAAAAUUCAAAUCCCUUCACUAAGGGGACUGUUUUCUGAACUCCGGACUCUUGUUUAGUUUCUUGUGUUUUGUUUUAGUAGGUUCCUGUUUGAGUUUGAAUUAUGUUACUUUUGUUUGCUUUCUUGACCGAGUUAGUAUUUUCUGUUUUAUUUUGAAGUCUUGUACCUAGUUUAUCUGGUCCUAGUCUACUUCAUGUCUUUGUCUAGAUUCCCGCCUUUGUGAUUGUCUGCCUCCUCUAAUGUGAUUCACCUGUUGCCCAUUACCCCUGUUUAUACGUCUCAUUGUUCCCCUAUCUCCUUGUCAGUUUGUCUGUGUCCCACCUGUGUUUGAACCUGCUGUUCAUAUUGCAAAAUCUCUUUCCUUAAUAAAAUAUAUUUUUUUAAUCUCA